CUCCUCUCAAAGCUGCCGGGGAACAGCUCUUGGGCCUCGGCUGCUCUGUCAAAGGGCUCCAGUGUUCUCCUCCUCCUCCUCCUCCUCCUCCUCCUCCUCCUCGGACUCUGCUCCUGCCUGGCCACAUCCAAGGGCCGAAGCGCUGCUGGAAAAA